AGCAGCAUUCAUACAUGGCAAGUUGUCAAGUAAAAUAGCUAAUGAAAGUCUAGUUGUUGUUUUCUGAUAAUAAAUGAAGCUUUGAGAAGAGAAGAGAAUUUCCAGUGGCAGGUUUUAUGUCAAGACCCUAACAUAGCUGUUUUCCUCUCUCUCUCUCUCUCUCUAACACACACACACACACACACACACACACACACACACACACACAGGUUUAUGAUAAUGAGGAGCCUCAAGGCGCAGGGGGAGCAGGAGCCAUUUUUUUACCAUUCAAGCGGAGUUGCGCGGACGGAGCGGAGGUGUUGCUGCCGCUGUUGUUGUUGCCGCCGGCGUGUGUGAGUGUGUGCGAGCAGCUCCGGCCAAGGUUACUGCGGGUUUACCUCUUCAAAAAAAAGAAGGAAAAAAAAAAAUCAGCCGGAGUGACCGGGGAGAAGUGCGCCCACUGAGAGCAUGGCUCCUCUGCAACAAAGGGAAACUCACAGGCGGAAAGUUUAAAGGAAUAAGGAGCUGCAGAAAUUCCCAGCCGGAGAACACACACUGAGGAGCGAUGCACUUCGUUAAAUGGGACUUGUUGUUAAUUUUCUGGUGGUGCAAACUGGUUUCGCUGGCGCAUUGUUACAACGUUCACAUCAGUGAGGAUGCGGGACCAGGGACGGUGGUGGCCGGCGUGGAGCGGGGCGCGCAGUGCGCUUUGGAUCAGGUACUCGCUCCCAAAUUUUCGGAGCAGUUUCUGGAGACUGACUCAGCGGCGGGCACUGUGUUUGUUUCGGACUCGAUAAAGUGCGCCUCGCUGCGCUCAAACCCCUUCACCGUGUACACUGUGGCAGACUGCACGGACUCCGGCUACAGGCACCUCCUCACUAGCCAGUACGAGGUGCAUGUUCACGGUAGGAACUGUUCAAACAAGCGUAAAAGAAAACCUCAGUGGGACAUGGAGGUCCUCAGUUUGUUUAGCACCCACAACCGCCACCACCGCUCAGAGUGCCACCAAGCAGGCUCUGCUUUAUUUCCAGUGGGAGGUCUGCUACCUGGCUCCCCAGUCCGCUGCAAAGUCACCAACAGUCGGGACUUUUACUUCUCAGAGGGGGACUUGUUUGUGUCUGAGACUCUGUGCUGGAGGCAGGACACCCUCCUGGAGCUAGACCUGCUCUGCGAUGUACUCACAGGAAAUGCUAAGGUCAAUCACGCCAUCCACUGGCGUGUGGGGCAGGGCCCCUUUAGGCAGGGCCACCUAGGAAAGCUGUUAGAGAAGGCAGCUCAGUCUGAUUCAGGGAUUGUGAGCAGGAGGAGGAGGAGAAGCAUCAACAGCAGCCCCCAGUUUCAGCCCCCAAUGUACCAAGUGUCUGUGGCAGAGAAUAAGCCAGCUGGGACUCCUGUUGUUGUUUUGAAAGCAGUGGAUGUGGAUGAGGGGGAGGCAGGCAGGCUGGAGUAUUUCAUAGAGGCUCUUUUCGAUAGCCGUUCCAACAACCUCUUCGCUGUGGACCCGGCCACCGGUGCCGUGUCCACAGUAGAGGUGCUGGACCGGGAGACAAAAGACACCCAUGUGUUUCGUGUGACAGCAGUUGACCACGGCACACCUCGACGCACAGCCAUGGCCACCCUCACUGUCACAGUCAGUGACACAAACGACCACGAUCCUGUGUUUGAGCAGCAGGACUAUAAGGAAAGCAUCAGAGAGAAUUUAGAAAUAGGCUAUGAGGUGUUAACUGUGAGGGCCACUGAUGGGGAUGCACCUGUCAAUGGUAACAUCCUUUACCACAUCCUCAACAGCAACGGGUCCAAUGAUGUGUUUGAGAUUGAUUCGAGGUCUGGUGUAAUCCGCACCAAAGGCCUGGUAGACAGAGAGGAGGUAGAAGCUUACAUGCUGUUAGUUGAAGCAAAUGACCAAGGUCGUGACCCCGGGCCCCGCAGCGCCACAGCUACUGUUCACAUAGUGGUAGAGGAUGAUAAUGACAAUGCUCCACAGUUCAGUGAGAAACGUUAUGUGGUCCAGGUGCCCGAGGACAUGACCCCUAACACAGAGAUCCUGCAGGUCACCGCCACAGAUCAGGACAGAGGGGGAAAUGCUCUCGUUCACUUCAGUAUCAUGAGUGGAAACACCAGGGGACAGUUUUAUAUUGAUGCUCAGACAGGUAAAAUGGACCUGGUGAGUCACCUUGAUUAUGAGGCAAACAAAGAAUACACUCUGAGAAUUCGAGCUCAGGAUGGAGGACGCCCUCCGCUAUCCAACAUCAGUGGCCUGGUGACGGUGCAGGUGUUGGACGUUAAUGAUAACGCCCCCAUUUUUGUCAGCACCCCAUUCCAGGCCACCGUGCUGGAGAACGUGCCGCUGGGCUACUCCAUCAUCCACAUCCAGGCAGUGGAUGCAGACUCUGGAGACAACUCCAGGCUGGAGUAUCGCCUCACUGAAACCACGCCAAACUUCCCCUUCACCAUCAACAACAGCACGGGGUGGAUUGUAGUGGCGGCCGAGCUGGACAGGGAGAGUGUAGAUUUUUACAACUUUGGAGUGGAGGCCCGCGAUCACGGCUACCCUGUCAUGUCCUCCUCAGCCAGUAUUAGCAUGACUAUUCUGGAUGUCAACGACAACAACCCGGAGUUCACUCAGAAGUCGUAUUACAUGCGACUGAAUGAGGAUGCAGCCGUGGGGACCAGCGUGGUGACAGUGUCGGCUGUGGACCAGGACAUUAACAGUGUGGUGACCUAUCAGAUAUCCAGUGGAAACACCCGCAACAGAUUCUCCAUCACGAGCCAGAGUGGAGGGGGGCUCAUUACGCUGGCACUGCCUUUAGACUACAAGCUGGAGCGACAAUACGUCCUCACUGUCACUGCAAGUGACGGUACUCGCUUUGACACCGGCAAAGUGUUUGUUAAUGUCACAGAUGCCAACACACACCGGCCUGUGUUCCAGAGCUCACAUUACACCGUCAACAUUAAUGAGGACCGGCCUGUGGGCACCACUGUUGUUGUAAUAAGUGCCACAGAUGAAGACACGGGUGAGAACGCACGCAUCACCUACUUUAUGGACGACAGCAUCCCUCAGUUUGACAUCGAUUCAGACACAGGAGCUGUCACCACACAGAUGGAGCUGGACUAUGAGGACCAGGUUUCAUACACUCUCGCCAUCACUGCUCGGGAUAACGGCAUCCCACAGAAGUCCGACACCACCUACCUGGAGAUACUGGUGAACGACGUCAACGACAACUCCCCCCGCUUCCUCCGAGACCACUAUGUGGGUUCUGUGAUGGAGGACGUGCCGGUGUUCACCAGCGUGGUCCAGGUUUCUGCCACCGAUCGAGACUCUGGGCUCAAUGGCCGAGUCUUCUACACCUUCCAGGGCGGGGAGGAUGGCGAUGGAGACUUCAUAAUUGAAUCCACCUCUGGCAUUGUUCGCACGCUGCGCAGAUUAGACAGAGAAAAUGUGCCCAUUUACAGCCUGCAGGCAUUUGCUGUGGAUAAAGGUGUUCCUGCUCUGAAGACACCAGUAAACAUUCAAGUAACAAUCCUAGAUGUGAAUGACAACCCCCCUGUGUUCGAGAAAGAUGAGUUUGACAUAAUGGUGGAAGAAAACAGCCCCAUAGGCCUUGUGGUUGCACACAUAUCAGCCACAGAUCCAGAUGAAGGCAGUAAUGCACAGAUCAUGUACCAGAUCGUGGAGGGAAACAUCCCAGAAGUUUUCCAGCUGGACAUCUUCUCUGGAGAACUGACUGCAUUAAUAGACCUGGACUAUGAGACAAGAGCUGAGUAUGUUAUUGUGGUGCAGGCCACCUCCGCCCCUCUGGUGAGCCGCGCCACAGUCCACAUUAAACUUGUCGACAAGAAUGACAAUAUGCCUGUGCUCAAAAACUUCCAGAUCAUCUUCAACAACUACGUGACGGACAAAUCGAGCAGCUUCCCCACCGGAGUGAUCGGCCGCAUCCCCGCUCACGACCCCGACGUCUCAGAUCACCUCCACUACAGUUUCGAGGUGGGAAACGAGCUGAACCUAGUCCUCCUGAACCAAAGCACGGGGGAGAUCCAGCUGAGCCAGGCCCUGGAUAACAACCGGCCCCUGGAGGCCUCCAUGAGGAUCUCGGUGUCAGACGGUGUCCACUCAGUGUCGGCCCAGUGUCUUCUCCAAGUCACCAUCAUCACAGAUGAAAUGCUGUCCAACAGUAUCACGUUGAGGCUGGCCAACACCUCCCAGGAGCAUUUCCUCUCCCUGCUGCUUGCACAGUUUCUCGACGGUGUGGCCCGCGUCCUGUCUGCCGCCCCCGAAGACGUCGUCAUCUUUAACAUCCAAGAUGACACGGAUGUCAGCGCUCGCAUCCUCAACGUCAGCCUGUCCGUGGCUGUGCCUGUGUUUGGGGAUGGACACCAGCGGCCUGAAGGGCUCAGCCACGGAGCGGACCGGCCUGGGAGAGGGGUUGAGAGUGGAACUGGAGAGUUUUUCGGCUCAGAGGAGCUCCAGGAGAGGUUGUAUUUGAACCGCAGCCUUCUCGCCCAGAUCUCUUCCCAGGAAGUUCUUCCCUUUGAUGACAACAUCUGCCUCCGCGAGCCGUGUGAAAACUACAUGAAGUGUGUGUCAGUGCUGAAGUUCGACAGCCUGGCGCCGUUCGUCGCAUCCGACACCAUCCUGUUCAGACCCAUCCACCCCAUCGCCGGGCUGCGCUGCCGCUGUCCCACCGGCUUCACAGGAGACUACUGCGAGACGGAGAUCGACCUCUGCUACUCUAAGCCCUGCGGAGCCCAUGGAGUGUGUCGAAGCAGAGAGGGAGGCUACACCUGCGAGUGCUUUGAGGACUACACAGGUGAGCACUGUGAGCUGUCAUCCCGCUCCGGCCGCUGUGCUCUGGGAGUCUGCAGGAACGGGGGCUCCUGUGUCAACCUGCUGGUCGGCGGGUUUAAGUGCGAGUGUCCACCGGGCGGCUACGAGAAGCCCUACUGUGAGAUGACCACACGCAACUUCCCCCCGCACUCCUUCCUGACCUUCAAGGGCCUCCGCCAGCGCUUUCACUUCACCCUCUCUCUCACAUUUGCAACCAAAGAGCCCAACGGGUUGUUACUCUACAACGGCCGCUUCAACGAGAAACAUGACUUCAUCGCCAUGGAAAUCAUCAAUGAGCAGAUUCAGCUCACCUACUCUGCAGGUGAGACCAAGACUACAGUUUCCCCAUACAUCCUCGGAGGGGUCAGCGACGGGCUGUGGCACGUGGUGGAGGUUCACUACUACAACAAGCCAAUCUUCAACCAGGCCGGCCUGCCGCAGGGCCCCUCAGACCAGAAGGUCGUCGUAGUUACGGUGGACAACUGUGACACCUCUGUGGCCCUGAGGUUCGGCCACUUGAUCGGAAACUACACCUGCUCUGCUCAAGGCAGCCAAUCAGGAUCCAAAAAAUCUUUGGACCUGACCGGCCCCCUGCUACUCGGAGGAGUUCCUAAACUUCCAGAAGAUUUUCCCAUCCGCAACCGGCAGUUCGUGGGCUGCAUGAAGAACCUGCGAAUUGACAACCAGCACAUAGACAUGGCCGGCUUCAUCGCUAACAACGGCACUCUGCCAGGAUGCUCUGCCAAAAGACAUUUCUGCAACAACAACCCGUGUCUGAACGGAGGAACCUGUGUGAACCUGUGGGGCUCCUUCAGCUGUGAUUGCCCACUUGGAUUUGGAGGACAAAACUGUGAAAGAGUUAUGGCCAGCCCGCAGCGUUUCCUGGGUAACAGCCUGUUGCAGUGGAACAACCUGGCGGCGGCGGCGGCCUCCGUCCUCUGGCAUGUAGAGCUCAUGUUCCGCACACGUCAGGCCAGCGCCACACUGCUACACAUCUCAUCAGGCCUGCAGCACAACCUCACACUGCAGUUGCGUGGGGGGAGGGUGUUGAUGGGGCUGCACAGAGGCGAAGACUCGACUCUCUCCCGCUUGGAGGAGGUGCUGGUGAACGAUGGAGACUGGCAUCAUUUGCAGUUAGAUAUCAGCAGUCUGGGAGGAGCAGCAAGUCACCACAAAGCCGUGUUGUCUCUAGACCAUGGACUCUACCUGGCUAGUAUGGAGGUGGAUGGGAAACUGCGGGACUCCAAGCUGAAGACUGUGAGCGUUGGUGGUUUGGCAAGGCCUGAUGGGAAAAUUCUGCAUGGCUUCCGUGGCUGUAUACAGGGUCUACGUGUUGGCGGGGCUCUGAGUCUCUCUCAGGCCAGGAAGGUGAAUGUGGAGCCGGGCUGCGGCGUUCCCGACCCCUGCAGCUCCAGCCCCUGUCCCGUCAACAGCUACUGCAGCGACGACUGGGACAGCUUCUCCUGCACCUGCCUCAGUGGCUACUAUGGCACCAACUGCACUGAUGUAUGCUCAUUGAACCCUUGUGAACAUGAGUCAACGUGCUCCAGGAAGCUGAGUUCCUCUCAUGGUUACACCUGUGACUGCCCCAGCAACUACUUUGGCCAUUACUGCGAGAAAAAGACUGAUUUGCCGUGUCCGAGAGGUUGGUGGGGUUACAAGACCUGUGGUCCAUGUAACUGUCAGACAGACAAGGGCUUUGAUUCUGACUGCAACAAGACCAGCGGAGAGUGUCGCUGUAAGGACAACCACUACCGUCCUGACGGCAGCGACACCUGCCUGCUGUGUGACUGCUACCCGGUCGGCUCUUUCUCCAGAGCAUGUGACCGAGAGAGCGGCCAGUGUCAGUGUAAGCCCGGUGUGAUUGGACGCCAGUGUGACCGCUGUGACAACCCCUUCGCCGAGGUCUCUCCUAAUGGCUGUGAAGUAAUCUAUGACAGCUGCCCUCAGGCCAUUGAGGCUGGGAUCUGGUGGCCCAGGACUAAGUUUGGUCUCCCUGCAGCAGUUCCCUGUCCCAAAGGAACGCUCGGCACAGCGAUCCGACACUGUGAUGAGCACAAGGGUUGGCUGCCUCCCAAUCUCUUCAACUGCACCUCUGCUACCUUCAGCAAGCUGAAAGCCCUGUCUGAGAAGUUUUCCCGUAACGCAUCGCUCCUGGACUCUGGACAUGUUCAGCAGACAGCAGCCAUGUUGGCCAACGCCACCUUGCACACAGAGAAAUACUACGGCAGCGAUGUGAAAGUGGCCUAUCGGCUCACACAGAGUCUGCUGCAGCAUGAGAGCAACCAGCAGGGCUUUAACCUCACAGCCACACAGGAUGUCCACUUCACUGAGAAUCUGGUCCGUGUGGGCAGCGCCAUCCUGUCUCCAGACACUCGGCCGCACUGGGAGCUGAUCCAGCAUUCAGAGGGCGGCACGGCGGUGCUGCUGCGCCACUACGAGGAAUACGCAAACACACUGGCACAGAACAUGAGGAAGACAUACCUCAGCCCCUUCACCCUCGUCACACCACAUAUAGUCAUCUCUGUGGACCGUCUGAAAAAGAUGAAUUUUGCCGGAGCCAAACUCCCGCGGUACCAGUCCCUGAGGGGUCCUCGUCCCGCCGACCUGGAGACGGCUGUCACGCUGCCUGAUUCUGUCUUCCAACCACCUGUGGACACCAAGGGCCACCGACACCUGGAUGUCUUUCCAGAGUCCACGCUGAGGAACCGCUCAGCUAACAGGAAGAGACGCCACCCUGACGACAGCCAGCAGGACGCCAUCGCCAGCGUGAUCAUCUUCCACAGCCUGGCCUCGCUGCUACCAGAGAGCUACGAUCCUGAUAAGAGAAGUCUGCGUGUUCCAAAGCGUCCGGUCAUCAACACCCCCGUGGUGAGUAUCACAGUGCACGACAAUGACGAGCUGCUGCAGCACACGCUGGACAAACCCAUCACCGUGCAGUUCCGCCUGGUCACCACUGAGGAGCGCUCCAAACCCAUCUGUGUCUUCUGGAACCACACCAUACUUGCUGGUAACGGCGGGUGGUCUGCGAAGGGAUGCGAGGUGGUUUUCAGAAACAGCACCCACAUCAGCUGUCAGUGUUAUCACAUGACCAGCUUUGCUGUGCUCAUGGACAUUUCCAGGAGAGAAAACGGAGAGAUCCUGCCCAUCAAAAUCCUGACGUGGAGCACAGUGGGUGUGACGCUGGGCUUCCUCUUCCUCACCACCAUCUUCCUCCUCUGUCUGAGAGCCAUGCAGAGCAACAAGACGAGUAUAAUCAACAAUGGAGCCACUGCGCUCUUCCUCUCUGAGCUCACCUUCAUCCUAGGGAUCAACCAGGCCGACAACCUGUUUUUGUGCACAGUCAUCGCCAUCCUGCUGCACUUCUUCUACCUCUGCACUUUCUCCUGGCUCUUCCUGGAGGGGCUGCACGUCUACCGCAUGAUCAGCGAAGUGCGAGACAUCAACUAUGGACCCAUGAGAUUUUACUACCUAAUUGGCUGGGGGGUACCUGCCUUCAUCACAGGCUUGGCAGUGGGACUGGACCCUGAAGGGUAUGGGAACCCAGACUUCUGCUGGUUGUCAAUGUACGACACCCUCAUCUGGAGUUUUGCUGGACCCAUCGCCUUGGUGGUGUCGAUGAACAUCUUCCUGUACAUCCUGUCAACCAGAGCCUCCUGCUCCCUGAGACACCACAGCAUUGAGAAGAAAGAGCCUCGUGUCUCAGGCCUGAAGACCGCAGGUGGCGUGCUCCUCCUUGUUUCAGUCACAUGUUUUCUGGCGCUCCUGUCCGUCAACAGCGACAUGAUCAUCUUCCACUAUCUGUUCGCUGGGUUCAACUGUGUUCAGGGUCCCUUUGUUUUCUUCUUCCGCAUUGUCUUUAAUAAGGAAGCGAGGAAUGCCAUGAAAUACUGCUGCAGCCGCAAGCGCCCGGAUCAUAUGAUCAAAUCCAAGGCCUCUGGCUACAAAUGCAACACUAACUACAUGGACAGCAGGUUGUACCACCUUCCCUUCGGAGACUCCAGUGUGUCUCUGAACGGCACCAUGCAGAGCGGCAAGAGCCAGCAGAGCUACGUGCCAUUUGUGCUCCGGGACGAUGGCUUGAAUAACAGUCAGGCGCACAUCGCUCUGAACGACCACGCGUCACUCUUCCAUGAAACUAAAGAGCGCCUGGACGAUCACGACAGCGACUCGGACAGCGACCUGUCUCUGGAGGAUGACCAGAGCGGUUCCUACGCCUCCACACACUCUUCUGACAGCGAGGACGAGGAGGGUCCCCUCCCCCCAGAGGAAUGCUGGGAAAACCUGAUGUCCAAUGGGACCAAGAGACCCCAACCACACGACAACAGUUUGAGUAAAAUGCUCUGGCCCGGAGAUUACGCAGCAGCGAGUGACAGCGAACUGAAGAACGAAAAUCUGGUCAGUUCUGAGCUGAGCCUCGGUCGUGACACCCGGACGUUAUCAGACGACCGGACACAGGACACCAUGACAGUGUUUCUGCCCAGUCUGCCCAACCUCAACGCCCACCCCCACAAAGGGAUCUUAAAGAAGAAGCAGCUUUCUCCCAUUGUGGAGAGGAACGGUCUCAGUCGCAUCCAUAAUGAACUGUGUGAAAAGGCCCCAGGCACGGCGUCUCCGCAGGGAUCCUCCUCUAGCGACAGUCGAGCCGGCCCGGCUAAACCCAACAUACCUGAUCAGCUGAACGGCGUCGCCAUGAGCAUCAAGGCAGGGACGGUGGACGGAGACUCAUCGGGAUCAGACAGCCACUGCAACACCGCCAUGUGACCGCGUUGACCGAGGGGUGUGUCUUUGCAGGUAAUAGAGCAUCCUUCCUCAACACUGACUGCAAACAGGGAGCACCGGACUUCCCCUUUUAAAAAAAAAAAACAAUCUGGAAAAAGAAGGAGUUCCCCCUCGUCAUCAUGAUCCUCUGAAGGUGUGUGUGUGUGUGUGUGUGUGUGGGUGUGUGGGUUUGUGUGUGUGUGUGUUCAUAUAUGUGUGUGCCAAACCUCAGGAGUCACUGCACUGGCCCAGGCUCACGCACACUGACACGAGUCUCACUCUCCCUUUAAAGAAAUCAUUUUGUUUACAUACUUGAAGCAAUGCACUUUUUUAUUUACUGCUCAGAUUUGUUGGCAGUUGACUUUUUUUGUAGUGUUUUUUUUUUGUUCUGGGGUAUAUAUUUUGUUUUGAAGACUGUGGAACAAUAAAGAGGUCAUGAUUUUUUUUUUUUUCUUUUGGGUGGUUCAUUUAGUCAUAGACUUGCAAACAUUCAGGGACAUUCCUUUUUCAUGCAUAGCUACUUUGUGUUUCUGGUUUGCCUGUUUAUGUUACUGUUGGAGCUGUUAGUGUUUGUGCCAGUCUGAGGUUUUAGGAGUUCAGACUCAGGUUUCUUGAGUUGUUUUACAUGCCUGAAAUGUCCAUGAGGCACAGGACGAUCGAGUGCAGGUCGUUCGCAGACGCAGAGAGGCUCUUCAAAUCGCUGUUUCUGCCCAAUGCUCCGUAUAAGCUACUUCUCAUUAAUGAAGGAUGUUUCCAGAGGCAACAACUGGAGAGACUGCUCAGCCUUCGAGGGGUAAACCUGCAUGUGUAAGAACGAAAAAGGACUCAAAGACUUUUGAUACAUCCUUUUUCUUUGUUUGUUUUUGUAAAUCAAUGGGAGCACAUUUUUUAUGGACGUUGAAAGCGCUCUCAUUUUUCAUCGCUUCAUCUGAGGGAUGAACGCAUUCAUUCAAGUUCAGUGACUAAACAGCUGUAUUUUAUAGAUUAGCUAUGGAGCUUUUGUCUUUUGUAAAAUAAUGAAAUACAUGCAAAUGUGUGCUGUAAUACUAUUUGAGCUGUAAUCCAUUUCUACUGUACAGAGUGGCCUGUAAAUGAAUCAAGAACAUAUCUUUAAAUGUAAGUAAAUAUGUAAACUUCCUUCACACAUUCAGACCCUGUUUUUAGGAAUUUAUUCUAUUACAUUCAGUCAAAUCAAUGUGAUGUUUGUGGAUGCUGGUUUUUUUUUGUUUUUUUUUACCAACCAUAUGAAUUUAAUGUAUAAAUUUCAUGCCAUAAGAAUCAACACUACCAGGUCAAUCAUAUCAACUCUGGUAUCCCAACAGAGGAUUGUCACUUUUACUCUGCCACUCCUGUUUUUACUGAUUAAACUGUUUUCUACCAUUUCCAUCUUACCUCAUGUUUUUUUUAUCAGUGCCAAGUCUAAAAAUACAUUACUUUUUAAAAAAAAGAUUUCUGUAUGAAAUCUUUUGCAUUAGAGAUUGCAACUGUGCAAGUGGAAUAAUCAAGUGUUUGAUCAGAUUACAAACUUCUAUUAUGGAAGUUUACGCCUGUGUAUUCAACAUAAAUGAAUUUCACUUCAAUCUGUUAACGUAGCUGAUGCUUAAAGCAAAUGUUUGACACUUGUUCACUUCUGCUGAUGGACAGUUAUGGAGAAGAUUGAUACCACGCUCAUGUGAAGUAUGAAACUAAUGCCAGCAGCUGGUUAGCUUAGGUUAGUUUAGCUUACCACAAAGACUGGACAAACAGGAAAUUCACAUCAAAAGCUCACUAAUUAACACGUUAUAUCUUGUUUGUUUAAUCUGUACAAAAUAUAGAAAGUUUUGGUUUUACAGGCGGUUAUGUGCUCAAUAAACAUCAUACAGGAAUUUAAUGGAAUCAACUAAUUAUUUUUCUCAUUAACUUUAUAUAAAUAUGUUUGUUAAUUUCAAGUUAAUUAAACUUUUUUAUUUUCAGCCACUUCAGAACUUAAAAACACCACUCUACUGAUUGCGAUUGUAGUUAUUACUAUUACAAUACAUCUCUAUGUGGAACCUGCAUUGUGCUAUGUUCUCUGUUCUCCUGCAAUACAAUUUUUAGUAUUUUUGGACUUAGCCCCCCCUCAUGAGAACUGGUUUGCAGGCAUUACAUUAGAAAUCACGCAAUCAUGUUUCAAGAACAAAAUGUAACUCAUCUAAAAGAAAUAGCAAGAAAAAUGCAAAUAUUCAAUAAAAAAAGUAAAUUUGG